UCGCGCAUCCUCUGUUGCUAAAAGACUAGCCGCUCAAACCAAGAACAUUUUGUGUAUAAAACCAGUCGACGAGCCUUCAGUCUUCCAGCUGCAGUGGCAACUCUUGAGUGAAAUCUUCGAGGCAUAAUCUGUGUUCAGAUUUCCAUCAGUGGUGGUGGUGCCUGAGUCCCACAAUAUCAAGAUGUUGGUAAGAACGGUGUUGUUAACCUGCCUCCUGUCCGUGGCUGGCCGCUUCAGGUCGAGGGAUACAAAGAAACUUCCAUUCCACGGAAGUGCCGCUGUGGUCAAGCUGCUCGAGGUCACCACCGAACGCUUCUGCUCUAUCAUUUCCAUAACUGACGAUUCUGCAUCUUUUUUUGCUGUCGCUGAGGAGAUAUGGGAGACAUGGCGGCAGCAGCGGGGCACUGCGAUGUUCCAGGUGAAGGCUCAUAACCAGAACACUAACAUGACGCACCGGCUCUCCCAACUGGUCUCACUGGCUCGUCAAGUACGACAGUCAUCAUCGUGCACGACGGUGUUGGUGGUGAGUCACGACCCGGCCUUCCUUGCUGCUUUCGCUGAGCGGUCUCUAAAAAGUCGACUGUUAGUGUGGGCUAACAGGCUGGUGGUAGUGACCCGUCUGGUCACCACACAACUACAAAUGUUACUAACAGUGCACUGGACCUUCUCUAUGAUGAACACCAUGUUCCUAAAUAUGGAGAGAGAACCUCCUAACAUGAUGUACGGGUGUGUCUGGUACACGUACCUGCCGUACACCCCAAAUGGUGGCAAGAUAGAAAUGGUAGCUGCAUGGACGCCAAGUAGAGGCUUGUACCUGUCCCGUAAAAUAUUGCCCUUUCCUGAAAAAUUUUUGAACUUCCAUGGAACGGUGUUGAACGUAACUGCCCUGCCUUAUAAUCCUUUUUGGAUGGAAGACAAUAUUAUGCUGGCAAACGGUACUUCCGUCAUUAAAUACGACGGCACCGACUACCGGCUGCUGAUGAUGGUGGCUGCCGCGCUCAACUUUACCGUCCAACUUCUCUACAGCGAAUCCUGGGACGAUGUAACGAAACAGGUAGAGGAACGUGUAUCGUUCAUUUGUCCCGCCUACCAUAUAAUGAUGACUGUCAGAUAUGAGAGAUAUGACUUCACCUACACCUAUGAAUUCUCCUAUUUCUCCUUUGCCAUGGCCAAACCCAGCCAGGAGCCUCAAUGGCAAAGUUUGUACUACCCACUGACGGAUCAAGUGUGGCUUGCUGUGUUGGCCGCACUCCUCUCCGUUCCAACUAUCUAUAUUUCGAUUGAGUACGUACAACGGAACAUGAAUGGACAGACAACUGGUGGUGGAGCUGUGUUCCAGGACAUGGCAGGAAUGCUGCUGGGCCAGAGCCUCCUUUACCGACUGUCCAGCAACCAUUCUAGCCGUGUCCUGGUGACUGCCUGGAUUGUGUUCGCCUUAAUCGUUGGAGUGGCCUACCGCGGCAACCUGACAGCUUCCCUCACUCUGCCCAAGUACCCCUCACGUCCAGAGACUCUCCCGCAGCUCGUGGAUACCGUGGAGAGGAUUACAGUACCGCCUUUUGGGAUAACUCACGUGAAAUAUUAUUCAAUGUCCGAGUCUCCUCUAUUUAAUGCUCUCGCUAAGCUCAUGGAGGUGGGCCCGAGUCUGAUGGAGGGACUGCAGGGAGCACUACAGCACAAAUGUUACCUCUCACCUGAAGCACUUCUUUUCCUGUCACUAGUCGUGCUCACCUUGGGGGAAGUAGGUAUCUGA